UCUGCACAUCGGCUCUGCUACAGAUUAUUCCUUUCACAGCAAAGCACAACACAAAGAAAACAACACAAUCAGAUACAAUGAGCACCGACCAUGAUGAAAAGAUUGUAGAAGACAUUCCUCAGAUGAGGAGUGUAGCCAUGAUGUCUCCGGUGCCAAUGGUCCCACUAGCGAGAUCCAUCGCAACGCCAAAGGCGCAACUUAUCUCCUCUGCCCGAUUCGUGGAGAAGAAAGAAAUUAUUUCUCCGUCCCCGACUGGCUGGGAACUUGCCGUAACCGAUCCUCUUCCGGCAAUCUAUAUGCUAGAGCGAACGCACACGUAUGUUUCCAACGCAGGAGCGAAGGAAGUUGCCAAUCGUAUCGCCAAUAGCUUGCGACUGCAGUCCAUUGCAGCAACAUUUUCUACCAAGGAGGCUCUCGCAACUGCCGAAACAAGUAACCAGGUUGUGUUUACGAUUCGGCUUUGGUCCCACAAGAAGCAAGUACUUGUAGAACUCCAGCGUGUCUCGGGAUGCUGCUUUUUCUAUCAGCAAACCGUGAAGGCUCUCUUCCGCGCGGCAAAGGGUGAACCCGAACGCCGAUUGAGCUACAACUAUUCCAUCCCCGAUUGCGUACCGCAAGAAUCACCAGAGGAGACUAAACAAUGUGUCCAGGAAGGAAUAGACUGCGCAUCAGCCCUCCUAAAGAAAGAAGGUCGCUUCGACUCCCACGCACUUGCUAUGGAAAGCCUAGUCCAUAUUACCAACGCUACCAAGUGUCGGACAUUUGCAGCCCAUUGCAUUCUCUGUGGCGAUUUCCUUUCCACUCUUAUUUGCCUGGUGGAAGCAUCUCGUAUGGAGCGCCCUGGAACUGCGAUGCAGGGGCUUUCCUCAAUGGAAGAAGAGCACUUUCGUGUGAUGCACCGCCAUGCACUCGCCGUGCUCGCAAAUUGUCUUUCAGCGCUUGACGAUUCGGGGGAGCUUGCGCACGUGCUAAAGCAGCAGCCUGAACUUUCUUCGACGACAUUCUUGCUCGCACUUCUAGACGACGUCGAAAACGCUACUGACCGGCCCCACGACGCAUGUCAAGCGACACGAUGUUUGUGUGCGCUGGUACAGACUUGCAGUGACACCAAGUCACGAAUCGUUGGGGAGCUUGGUGGAUUGCCGGCCUUGGAAGCCGCCCACAGUCAAGGCAUCUGCCGGAAUGCAUACCUGGAAACGGAAUGUCAAAAGCUUAAACUACAUUUGUAAGAUUUUAAUCACUAAUUUUGCACAACACUC